AUGCACAAAGAGCACAUCUUUACCGAGACUGCCGAGCUAGAAUCUCACCGCGCCUUAUCUGCUGCUGCCCUUGCAGUCGCUGCAUCUCUUCAACAACCCACCCUCACCACGCUGGAUCCGUCCGUGCAUCGACCACUUCCCGGCGCCAGCCCUCCACGAUAUCGAAAGUUGUCGCAGCCAGCCGCCUCUCCGGCGCGACUGCCACGAGUAUCGUCGUUGCUGCCGCCGCGGCCUUCUGUAGCGGCUGCAGCAACGACAACAUCGACUUUGACCCCAGUGUAUUCCCCCGGUGAAGACUCCCCUCUGGACCACGAUUAUUCCUCCCGCCUGAAUACCCUCCCGGUAACACCACCCAACGAGCCCGACUACGACACCAAGACGGAGCUAGGGGCUUUCAGCUCCAAAAUCGAGCUGCCCGUGCUAACUCUACCGCCUAUCCUACCUCUGGGCCCGCUCGACGAGACACUUCAAGCCCGAUCAUCAAGUUUGGAAGUUUCACCCGGCGGUGAGGCGAGCGACAUUGAUAUCAUUGGAAACUCACCAGCGAAACCCGAAUCCGCUGCUUCCUCUGAUUCCUUGCCCAAGAUGCCAUACGAAACCAUCAGGGAGCCGUAUCCCCCCUCUACGCGCGGUCACUCGCGGAGUCGAAAUGGAAAACGUAGCGUAGAUCUAGCCAAGCCUCGCACAGCAAAACCGCCGUCUCAAAAGGCAAUGUUGUCACGGGCAUUGCAAAAGGCAAACACGGCUGUCCAGCUGGACAAUGCGCAGAAUUUCGAAGGAGCCAGAGAAUCCUAUGCUGAAGCAUGCGAGCUUCUACAACAUGUGCUACUCAAGACAACUGCGGAUGAAGACAAGAAUAAGUUAGAGGCGAUUCGACGAACAUAUGCUGGACGUAUUGAUGAGUUAGAUCAAAUGGCCCCAUGGCAGGCCGCAAAAAACAAGGAAUUGCCAGCUCGACCAGGCAGUGCAGACGACCCCGAUGUUACGUCGGAAAUAGCAACUACAAAUGGGUCGACACAUGCCAAUGUAGAAGAUGACAAUCAGCAGGUGCAGCAACGUCAACAAGACGCAAGAUACCCUAGUGACAGCUCUCAAGAAACGUCACGACUAGCGAGGCUGACAGCAGAGCAACCUUCACUACACUCGGCUUUCUCACGCUCCCCACGUUCUCCGGCGAGACUUCGAGCCGCGGAUGAAUAUACCACGGAGCCGAAUCGCACGCUACAGCCGUUGGCAGCACGUCAACCUGUAUCACCAGCGAGGCCUCAACAUGAUCGCUAUGACCCAAACGAUCGAGGCACUGAGUCUUACCACUCCGGAUCAUGGAGGGGCUCGAGGGACGGUGGUGCUGGGCAUCAUAGAAAUGCAAGUCAAAAUUCUUGGUUAGAUCCUAUUGACGAGUCAGGUGGAUCGACCGGAAGAACUUCAUCUCUACACUCGAGAGGCUCGUCCGUGUUUCGUCCAGGUCAUAUUCGCAGCAUCAGCGGCAACACAGAGGCGGAGUUCGACACUGCCUUGGAUGCAGCCAUUGAAGCUGCAUACGAUGAUGGAUACGAACCUAUGGAAUCGCCCAAGUACGAUAGCAUUGACCGCACCGAAGAGAUUGUGACAAAGGCGCUCCGGAAGGUUGAGGCUGCUCGAGAGCGUGUCAGACAAACGGAGCGAGAAGCGUACCCAGAGGAGUACCAAGGCCAACCAGCUGGAAAGCCGAGUAAGGGGAUGUCCGGAGGGUUUUAUGAAGAUUUGUCUUCAGACGAGGAAGAACGACUUUUGGAAGAAAUGACCCGCGACUAUAACAUUGAAGAUUUUAUGAUGAACGAAGAACAGAAUCUGAGCACCACCCAACAUCCAGGAAAAUCUCGCGGUCAAGACCCACGAGGCUGGGUGAAGGAAAAGGAGAAGACUAAAGUACCAAACACACGAUCGUUGGCUGCCACUGUCGACAGAUCGACCGUACUGCCAUCGCAUCCGGUCCCCAAGAGUCUGCAACCUUCCGCGCCACCGCCGAAGCAAUCAUUGCCUGAGCUGCCUUUGACUCGAGCACAAUCUCCCGGGCAGACAGUUCGUAAUCGUAGGUUGUCCGGUCAAAACCCGAAGCAGCUAAAGAUCCAGACGACGCAGCUCCGACCGCCAACUGCUACCAGCUUUGAAGACUUGUCACAAGUGAAGCCUAUCUCGGCGCCCGACAUCCGCCCUGAAGUAACUGUCGCGGACAGACCUCAGACCAGUCGAUCGGCCAGAAAGCUCACACCGCCUAGUCCAGAAGUACCGGCGAUUGAGCCCAAGAUGCUUGGGUCGCCACCGCACCAACGCGGCCAGGUAGAUGUUGAUGAAAACAUUGCAGCUCGGUCUGGCUCACCGACUGUAAGCAGGCUUCGGAAGAAUUUUUCCUCUUCGAGCUUGCGCAGUUUGAAGAGUCGCAACAUGUCGUUUUCUAAUCUUGAUGACGCAUCCGACAUGUCCCCCGGGACCCCUUCAAGCAAUCACUUUGGGAGUGCUAGGACCCCUGCCAUGCCGGCGAUUCCCGGCCCACUUGCAGUGUCUCUACGCGAGCAAAUGGACUUGGUUUCGCCGGGGAGCUUGUAUCUCUUUGAGGACAACAUUCACUUGCCAGCUACCCCUGGUUCGCCCAACCCGAUGGUCCUGGAUCCUCCCGUGGCCCUUGAACCCUGUCCAAAUGAUGUAAUGCUGCGGCCGUUUUGGCUAAUGCGCUGUCUGUAUCAGACAUUGGCGCACCCACGAGGAGGCUACCUGAGCACGAAGCUGUUUGUUCCUCGCGACGUUUGGAAAGUGAAGGGCGCUAAGCUCAAGAAUGUGGAGGACAAGAUUUCAAAUUGUGACUACCUCACAGCGGCCCUCCUAAAACUUGCCAAGGUAGACACAUGCGAUGCGGAUGCCGUAUUAGACGAAAUGCAGUCAUUGGAAGGUGUCUUGGAACAGGUGCAAACAGCGCUUAGCCGCAAACUCGGAAACGAGGUAGGCGUGCAGGGCUCAGGGGUGUUGUUCAAAGAGGCCUCGAAUGUUGUCGAAGGGGAUGGAGCACCGCCUGUGCCGCGGACUGCAAGCGUGUCCGGCAAGUCAUCGUCCUUCUCCUGGAGACGACUUCGAUCCAAGAACUCCAACAUGGGUCUGAGUGGAGCUUACAACAGCCGGAUGAGCGGAGGAGAAGGGAAUAAGGAAUCCGCAACGAUGCCAACACUGCCCAUGACACCGCAGCCUACAAGCCGGCCUCCGAAGCGUGACCUCAGUCAGGUCCAAUUCGUCGGCCCUAACGCGCAUUACAUGAGCUCGCUCGCUCGUCUGUUUGAUGCAGCGCAAGCUAUUGGUAAGGACGUUUUGCCAUGGACCUCUUGA